UCCAUAUCGUAAUUAUCCUUUCACAUCAAUCAAGGAUUUAGCUGAACACUAUAGAUAAUUUUUUUGUUUUUUUGUUUUUUUUUGCUAUAUGAAAAUUCUGAGAAAGGGCAACCAACGUGGGAUAAUCUUUCACACUAGGUGGUCUAUAGAUAUUACUUAAAUACACUAAAGAAAGAUAUAGGGUACAUCAUUUUUCCAAGAUGGGAUCACUGCCAAGAACAGUUCAGGAUCUUGCCUCCAAAGGAGAAGAAAUCCCUGAAAAGUUUAUCCACAAAGAUGGUGAUGGUGGAGCUCCAAAUGCCCCAAUCAUGGAUGUUCCGGUUGUUGAUAUUGCUCUUCUUGGUUCUUCUACAGAGGAGCUUGACAAGCUUCGCUCAGCUCUCAAUACAUGGGGUUGUUUUCAGGCAAUAAAUCAUGGCAUGAGUCCUGAGUUCCUGAAUCAAGUCCGUGGAAUUACAAAAGAGUUUUUCCAUCUUCCAUUUGAAGAGAAACAAUUGUACUUGAGAGAAGAGAAUGAUAUUGAAGGGUAUGGUAAUGACAUGGUCCUCUGGGAGCAGCAAAAGCUUGAUUGGACUGACCGACUCUACCUUGCCAUAUACCCUGAAGAUCAGCGCAAGCUCCGAUUUUGGCCCGAAAAGCCAGAAGCUUUUAGGUCUACUUUACAUGAAUACUCUUUGAAGCUAAAAUCAAUAGGUGUUGUGGUCCUUAAGGCCAUGGCAAGGUCAUUGAGCUUGGAGGAGAACUGCUUUGUGGAUCAAUAUGGAGAAAGAUCAAAACUUCAUGCAAGAUUCAACUUUUAUCCCAAGUGUCCGAGGCCGGAUCUUGUUCUUGGUACCAAACCACAUGCAGACGGCACAGGAAUCACCCUUCUCUUGCAAGACGAAUCUGUGGAAGGUCUGCAGUUUAUGAAAGCUGACAAGUGGUACAGAGCUCCAAUCAUUCCUGAGGCUCUUCUCAUUAACGUUGGUGAUCAAGCAGAGAUAUCAAGUAACGGCAUGUUCAAGAGCCCAGUGCACAGGGUGGUGACAAAUGCAGAAAGAGAGAGGAUUUCUUUGGCUGUGUUUUAUGUUCCAGACCCAGAGAAUGAUAUUGAACCCUUUGAAGAGUUGAUCAACGAGUCAAGACCCAGAUUAUACAGAAAAGUUAAAAAUUAUGUUGACAUCUAUUUUCAGUACUACCAGAAGGGGAGAAGACCAAUGGAGGCAGCAAAAAUUGAAGUUUAAUAUUUCCAUUUCUCAUAGUUUGUCCACAAGAAAUUAAAGGACAUGUUCUUCGUGUAAUGUCAACGGCAUAAAUAACAUGAAUUGGGCUAUAUACUAUUAGAGUUUGAUGAGAGAUGAGAAGAAAAGUGAGGGAAAAAAAUUACAUUUUAUAAGGUAUUGGCCUUUUAUCUUAAAAGGUUAAGUUGUUUAAGUGGAGUGGCUCAAUAUCUUUAUAUGAUGAUACUUAUGUUUGUUUAGACGAUGUGGGACUCGAGUAUUUUACUUUAACA